AUGCCAAAAAGUUUACUUUUUGGAAUUUUCUAUGCUGGCAACAACACCAUUAAGAAACUAUUUGAAAGAGUCGAAGUCAAUGAUAUUGGCGUGGGACUAGUUAAUAUCAAUGGGGUUCAAAAUAUCAAACGUUUUUUUCAAAAAGCAACACAAGAACAAAAUCCAAGCUGGAUAAUAAAAGCUAAUACAAUUGAAACCGAAUUCUAUACUACAUUGAAUAAGGAGAUAGCAGGAGGUGAAGGUCGAUAUCAAAAUGAACGUAGAUAUAUUAUAGCGUUGCUAUGUCAUCAUCCUAUUUUAAAUAACUGCACAUUUACUGGCACGGCUUAUCGAGUCUUACGACAGAAUAAUAAUGAUCUUAAUAGAUACAGAACUGACUUUUGUUUAAUAGCCAAAUCAGUUCUGUCUUCAUCAAUCGAUAGAAGAAUAGCUGAAUUGUUUUUACUUCGACAAGAAGCAACCAGAGAAAAUCCUGGUGUUAAACUUUGA